GCAUACCGGCUUACCCUGUGCAUUUUGGCAUUUGGACUAAAGAUUUAACAGGGGUUCCCCCCAAACUGAGGUUUUUGCAGGUAGUUAAAGAAGAACAUGCCUACCUUAAAUCUGUUCACGAAUGUUCCAGUGGAUGCCGUUAUCGCCUCAGAUAUUCUCAAGGAUGCUACCAAAGCUGUUGCCAAAACCAUUGGCAAACCCGAAUCUUAUGUGAUGGUGUUGUUAAACGGAGGAGUUCCAAUUGCAUUUGCGGGUACAGAAGAAGCAGCUGCGUAUGGAGAAUUGAUCUCAAUUGGAGGACUUAGUCCUUCCGUUAAUGGAAAAUUAAGUUCUAUUAUUGCUGAAAUUCUCCAAACUAAGCUUUCUAUUGACAGUUCCAGAUUCUACAUUAAAUUUUAUGAUGCGCAGCGACCCUUUGUUGGAUUCAACGGUUCCACCUUUUAAGCUGAUCGUAACUGCGACCUUUUUUUGGAUUCAACGGUUCCACCUUUUGAGCUGAUUGUAAUUGGUAGAUACUCCACUCGUUAAGCUCUUUGGAGGGAUAAACAACUUUUGUCAUUUGAAACCACACCAAUAUGUUUGUAAGGAUUACAUUUUGUGAUAUUUCAAUGUGCAGAAAAGCUGUUGUCUUUUCCUA